AUGUACAGCCGCAACCACACUCUUUCACCGCUCCCCACCGUCAUACGGCACGGUCUCAAAGCCGUCGUCACCCUCUCUUUCCUCUCUCUUGUCACGUCCUUCACGCUUCUCGUCUACCUCAUCGGGAGGCUGGCCGUCUGGUACUCGAGGACGAGCCCGAAAGGAUCCCAGCCGUCCGCGCGGACUCGCGACAUCGUCGGCCUCCCCCGCGAACUCGGCGUCCAGUACAACGAAAACGGAAACGGACAAUCUGGACAGAAGUGCCGGCGCGUCCCGAACCAGUUCCUCGUCCUCCUGCUCAACGUUCUCCUGGCGGAUACGCUACAGGCCUGCGCCUUCUUCCUCGACGUCGUUUGGCUGGUGGAGGAUAGGAUCACCGACAGCUCGCCGGCGUGUUGGGCGCAGGGAUGGCUGAUCUCGACGGGCGACCUGGCCUCGACCGCCUUCAUCGCGGCCAUCGCCUUCCACACCUACCUCACUCUUGUCAGGGGCGUCAAGAUCUCGUGCAAGGUGUUUUACGGCCUCAUCUUCUUUUUGUGGUUCUUCGUGAUCCUCAUGUCCGUCCUCGGCGUGUUCAUCACCAACAACGGGGCAGGGGUCGGAGGGUUCUAUGUUCGUGACGUGACUUGGUGUUGGAUCAACCCCGAGUACGACGCCAUGCGGCUCUAUUUGCAUUACGUGUGGAUGCUGCUCCUCAUUAUCACGGGGACUGUAUCUUACGUUUUGGUCUUCGUCCACGUCCACCGGGUGGACAAGGCGUUUCGCGACGCAAAGAAGGCCGCGGCGGCGGCAGCGGACGAGGCAUCCUACGACGGCGUCCUAAGCCCCACGAGCUUGCCCACGGUCAUGACGCACAAGGACUCCAAGACCGAGGUGCACAAGCGCAUCCUCUUCCUGCUGUACCCCCUCGUUUUUCUUCUGUGCACCGCGCCCCUCGCCCUGGGCCGUCUCCUGAGCAGCGGCGGCGUCAAGCUGUCGCCGGAGUAUCUCAUCUUCGCCGGCGCCAUGAUCACCUCCAACGGGUGGCUUGACGUGCUCAUUUUCUCCACCACCCGAAGCGGCAUCUUGUUCGACGCGCCCGUCGACGAGGAGAACCUGGGGCUUGACACGUUCAGCUUCACCCCGAUGGGCCACCAGUACGGUCACAGGGUAUGGAUCCAGGGGGGGCUGCCGAAAGAGUCAUCCCCGAACCUCGGACGGCAGGGGAUCUUCCGGAAGCCCUCGUGCCGCACAAGACACGUCGCCGAGGCCAGCCACGACCGCAGCGAGAGCCAGACGUCGCUGCAAGACCGGGACGUGUCCGGGUUCAAGGGCAUCCAGAUGGAAACGGUCACGCGGAUCUUUGUCGAGGAGGUUGACGCGGACGGCCGGCCGGGUAGCAGAAAGUACCAGCACACUCGCAAACUGGGUUCGAUGCCUUCAGAGGAGACCUUUGGCGAGCGUGUUGAGCAGAGCAUUGACUCCUACAGAUGA